UCUAGUCCAGUACCAGAUGGAGAUGAUGCGUUCCCUGCGUCACGUCAACAUUGACCAUCUGCAUGUGGGCUGGUACCAGUCCACCUACUACGGCUCCUUUGUCAGCCGAGCUCUGCUAGACUCCCAGUUCAGCUAUCAACACGCCAUUGAGGAGUCUGUUGUUCUGAUCUAUGAUCCUAUAAAAACUGCCCAGGGCUCCCUAUCCCUGAAAGCCUACAGACUCACGCCGAAGCUUAUGGAGAUCUGCAAGGAGAAGGACUUCACCACCGAAGGCUUGAAGAAGGCCAGCGUCGGCUUUGAAAACAUGUUCGAGGAGGUGCCCAUAGUCAUCAAAAACUCCCACCUCAUCAACGUGUUGCUGUGGGAGCUGGAGGACAAGUCCACCGUCUCCGACAAGCACGAACUGCUCAACCUCUCCAGCAGCAACCACUUGGAGAAGAGUCUUCAGCUUCUGAUGGACAGGGUGGACGACCUGAACCAAGACAUUGUCAAAUAUAACACCUACAGCCGCAACCUGAGCAAGCAGCAGCAGCAGAAGCACCAGUACCUCCAGAGGCGGCAGCAGGAGAACACCCAGCGACAGAGCAGAGGGGAGCCCCCGCUACCGGAGGAGGACAUCAGCAAGUUGUUCAAGCCCCCCCAGGCACCACCGCGCAUGGAUACACUGCUCAUUGCAGGGCAAAUUAACAACUACUGCCAGAACGUGAAGGAAUUCACCUCGCAGAACCUCGGGAAGCUGUUCAUGGCCGAGGCGCUCCAAGGCCACAACUAGAGGAGAGACGAGAGCGAAGACGGCGAUAGACAAAAAGCCACCUCGCCGCCAGCUGCAGGAGCAUCACUCAUCUUUUAUUCUGUCAGCAGAAAUCUCCAGUUUUUUUAUGCUUACAUCUGGGCGAAAACUGUGUCUGACACGUUGUUUUGUUUCAAAUAAAAUCCUGCAUCUCUA